CCACGCUAUUCCAUUCAUUCCAUUUCCCCAUUAUUAAAGAAAUAAUCAUUCCAAAACCAUCAUCUCCAAGUGAUCUCUUGCACCAGAAGAAGACUAUAGCUUUUAGCUUAUGAGAUGUUUGGCCCUCUUAUUUGUGGAAGCUCUCAUCACCCACAAGAUGAAGAUGAAGCUUUGGGUUCAAGCCCUUGUUCAACUCCAAGAAGAUCGUCAAGAAAAAGCAGCAAAGAUAGCAAGAAUCCUUAUUCAACUCUGGGCCUCGACAAGUUCUCAGCUCUUCUAGCUGAUCUUGAAGAGAAAAGGGCAAAGAUUUAUUCCCAGAUGGGUUCUCAAGAUAUAUCUUUAGUUCGAUUUGCUUAUUCCAGCUCCAAUGAUUGCGUCCCAAUUGUAGUUAAGUUGAAAGAUCAGAAUAAAGCCUGCAGUGGUGAUAAAGAUGAGACAAAAGAUCAUAAACCAAGAACUACACAUAAAGCUGAAGCUUUGGAGAAAUCGCCAACAGAGAAUUCGAUUGUCUAUCAUCAUGAGGAAGAAACUGAGAAGAAGAGGAUACUUUCGUGGAACUUCAAAUCGCAUGUAUGGAAACGACCUUCUUGUUAUAUUCCAGUGUUUGUUGUCUUCGUUUUGUUGUUCUUGGCUUUCUUUGGGAGAUCAGUAGCGAUUUUAUGCACCUCUAUUGGGUGGUAUUUAGUCCCUACGUUUAGUUCGAAAAAACCAGCAAAGACAAAGAAGAAGCAAUUGCUCAGAAGAUUCAGCGAGAUUUCUCCAAGAAGUAACAAGAAUUUUGGGGAUUUGAAGCAGAAAUCGUCUCAUGGGCGUCAAAAUAGUUUCUGAAAAUUGCUUGAUUUUUCUGGUUUCUUCUCUUUUUUUCUCCUUUCUGGAGUCAGGAUUUUUUUUUUUUCUUGUGAUGAUAGAUGUAAAAAAGAAAUAUUUUCGUUUUGCUUAAUCGUGGGUCGAAUUUCAACUCUUUGAAAUGUUCAUAAAAAUGUAAAUUAUGGGUUCAGACUUUAUUAAUUAGAGAAUGCCUACAACCAUGCCAUGUU